GGGACGGGAGGCACCAGGCGUGCUUUGCUAAGUUUCAGAAGCCCAAAAUGUGGAUAAUCCCCCCGAUUUAUUCCACAAACUUGGGCCCCCUCCCUGUUCAGGAGGAGUUUGGUUCCACAGGUAGUACAAGUUACUGACGGGCCACCGGUCCAGCAAAACCACACCCACCCACAAGCCCACAACCCACCUCGCGGCCUUUUUCCUUGUGCGGCACGGAUGCUUUUGCUCUGCAUCAGCGACGGCGCAGAUCGCAAAGCACCAGGGCGAUCUCGCCGCCCAGCACGGGCGGUUCAGGUCAAGCCUCGCGUCAGCCGUCAGGUCUCCUCCGGGCAGCGCCGCGUGCGUCCCCCCAUCCCCCCCAUUCGACGAGAGAGAGAUUGCCCCCCACCCAUUCGACGAGAUCUCGGAGGCAGCCUCGAGGUGACCCUGUUCUGAUUCUCGUGGUUUCAGGGGAGGAUCUAGGUCCAGGGAGAUUAAUCUCGAGGUUGGACCUCACAUUUUUAUGGCCUUUGACUGCAACAAGGAAAGAGGAGUUUCUUCGCCUGACAGUUGCUCCCGCAUUUGCACCGAGGGCACUCUCGUCCAGGCAAAUCCCUUAUCUCACUACUGGAAGCCUAAACGUUUGGAGAACUUCAACAAGUUGGAGAACCAGAAGUCCAGUUAUGAAUCUGCUCCGAGUGGCUCUGAUCCAAAACAGGAUGCUGAAGCGAGUGAUGAGGCAACUGCCUCACUGUGUGGCUUCAGGUGCUUCACUGAUCUGCCAGCUUCGUUGGUCUGCGAGGUCCUUGCACGUCUCGAUGCGAAGGACCUUGGAAUUGUAUCCUGUGUCUCCACCCUCCUGCACGCCUUAGCCACAGAUCAUCAGGGAUGGAAGAAGUUAUACUGCGAAAGGUGGGGGCUUCCAGACCUCCCCACCACCCUGAAUGGGCCCUUGCUGCCGGGUGUCCCCCUAGAUGGGAAGUUUUGGAAAACAUUUUUCGUGGAGCGGGAGUUUAGGAGCAAAUCCUUCAUGGGAAGAUUCAAUCUGGAUAUUCUCCGUGGCCACAAUGAGGAUGUGCGUGCUGUGUCCCUUUUGGUAUCAGCAAAUCUGAUAUUCACAGGCGGCCGCGAUUCUGUGGUUAGGAUGUGGAAGAUGGAGGAAGGGUUAUUGAUUGAUACAUCCCGUGCACUUGGUGGCACCAUCCGGGCGAUUGCAGCUGACUCGAGGCUUUUAGUGAGUGGAGGAACUAAUGCCUAUAUUCAGUGUUGGAGGGCCGUUGAAGGCAAUGGUCAAUUAUUUCACAUCUCUGGAAGUGGUACCGACCAGAAUGCGGAGUUUCGCCUCUGGGGUCAUGAAGGUCCUGUGACUUGUCUUGCCCUGGAUUCACUGAGGAUUUAUAGUGGUUCUUGGGACAUGACUGUUCGUGUUUGGGACAGAGACCAGAUGGAGUGUGUGCAAAAGUUCAUGCAUGCAGACUGGGUUUGGGAUCUUGCUCUGCGUGGAAAUACUGUUGCCAGUACUGCUGGUAGAGAUGCAUAUGUAUGGGAUAUCAGGGCUGGCGAGUUAACAAGCUUAAUUUCCAAUGCCCAUGUUGGUAGCGCAUAUUCAAUUGCUUGGACACACCUGCCAGAUGUGCUGUUUACUGGUGGAGAGGAUGGUGCUAUUCGAUUGUUCAAUGUUUCUGAUGUCUGUGAUGAUGAGGGUGACAUUAAACCAGUGGCAACUUGGGUGCCACAUUCAGGUCCUGUUCAUUCUCUUGCUUUUGAGUAUCCAUGGCUUGUGUCAGCCUCGAGUGAUGGCAGGAUUGCACUUAUUGAUUUGAGGAAGCUUCUGUCCUCCAAAAGUUCAUCAAAGGGUCUGCGUGUUAAGAGAGUUGAUGGAAGCGCAAUAGAGCCUCCACAGAGGAUGCUUCAUGGCGUUGGAUGUGAUCUCUUCUCCAUCGCUAUUGGUGCAGAUAGGAUUGUAUGUGCCGGUGAGGAUGGUUCUGUUAGAGUCUGGAACUUCUCAGAAGCAUUGGAGAUUGAGAGGAGGGCACAGGCUCUAAGGAGUUUGAGGCAGGAGAACCGCAUCAGGCGGAGGAAAUCACAAGCGGAGAUGAAUACAAAUACUAGAAGGCCUGACCAGUGUUCAAUAGCCAUGAAAAAGAACCAACUGAAGGGUGAUAAGAGCGCAACUUGGCACAACAAGCGUGCCAUUAAUGAGAAGGCCAAGUCUUAGAUUAGGAUUGUCAUUGGUAGCCGUUCACUGAGUUGCAGUCUAUCGUGGCCAUACAUUGCCAUCACUGGGUACUUUCUUGUUGGUCGUACUUGAGAUUUUAUUUUCACUGAAGCCGGGUCUAGUAACACGUUUUCAACAUUGACACAUUCAAAUGUUCAACUUUAUGUGGUUAUACAAUUACCAACUUAAUAUAUGCAAAUCUUCUAUGCCUAGCAUAUAUUGAUCAAAAGAAAGAUAAGUUCCUCAAA